CGGCGGCCGGAGCUGGAGGGGGAGGAGGGGAGGAACCUGAUCUCUCCGGUAGCGAAGGGCUGGAGGCAAACACCGAGUUACCCCAGAGCCGCCCGGGAGCAGGGAGGGCUCCGCUACCCCGGGGGCCCUCCCCGCGGGGCAGAUGAGUUCAGUAUUCAGACUCUCCGAGCUGAGUUUUGGGUCACCCAAGCAUUCCAUCCUCCUGACUUUCCACAAUGUACUGGAUUCAUAACUCACUCCAUACUUGAGAACAUGGGGAUUGGAAUAAGCUUGUAAGAAAAGUUAUUUCGGCCACUCCUCUCCACGCGCCCCAGGAGAGCCCCUCAGGUGCUCACACUUCAGCUUGAGUUGCGGCCGGUCAGUCAUUCAGGAGAGUUCAGCGUCGAAGACCCCCAAGGGAGAAUCGCCGACGCGCACGCGUCUCACCGCUUCAAGCAGAGGUAGCGAUGCGAGACGAGGAAAGCGGACGACCCAAGCAGGGCCGCGGGCCCUUUAAGAACAAGCCACGCCCCUUCCCUCCUCCUGGAGCGGCCGGCAGUCGGUGGCGGCCGCUACGGUGCUGACAAGAUGGCGGCUGGCGGGGCUGUUGCUGUGGCGCCCGAGUGCCGGCUUCUGCCCUACGCGCUACACAAGUGGAGCUCCUUCUCCUCUACCUACCUUCCCGAGAACAUUUUAGUGGAUAAACCAAAUGACCAAUCUUCAAGGUGGUCUUCAGAGAGCAACUACCCUCCCCAGUACUUGAUUCUGAAGCUUGAAAGGCCUGCUAUUGUCCAGAAUAUCACAUUUGGAAAAUAUGAGAAAACUCAUGUCUGCAAUUUGAAGAAAUUUAAAGUCUUUGGCGGAAUGAAUGAAGAAAACAUGACAGAGCUAUUGUCCAGUGGCUUAAAGAAUGAUUAUAACAAAGAAACAUUUACCUUGAAGCAUAAAAUUGAUGAACAGAUGUUUCCUUGUCGAUUCAUUAAAAUAGUUCCACUCUUAUCAUGGGGACCCAGCUUUAACUUUAGCAUCUGGUAUGUUGAACUUAGUGGCAUUGAUGAUCCCGAUGUAGUACAACCUUGUCUCAACUGGUAUAGCAAGUACCGUGAACAGGAAGCCAUUCGCCUUUGCCUAAAACACUUCAGACAACAUAACUAUACAGAGGCCUUUGAAUCACUGCAAAAGAAAACCAAGAUUGCCCUGGAGCAUCCCAUGUUAACAGAUCUGCACGAUAAAUUGGUAUUGAAGGGUGAUUUUGAUGCUUGUGAAGAAUUGAUUGAAAAAGCUGUAAAUGAUGGCUUGUUCAAUCAGUAUAUCAGUCAACAAGAAUAUAAGCCACGAUGGAGUCAAAUCAUUCCCAAAAGCACCAAAGGUGAUGGAGAAGAUAACCGACCAGGAAUGAGAGGAGGCCAUCAAAUGGUUAUUGAUGUUCAAACAGAGACCGUUUAUUUGUUUGGUGGCUGGGAUGGAACACAAGAUCUUGCUGACUUCUGGGCAUACAGUGUGAAGGAGAACCAGUGGACGUGUAUCUCUAGAGACACUGAGAAAGAGAAUGGUCCUAGUGCUAGAUCAUGUCAUAAAAUGUGCAUUGACAUUCAACGGAGGCAAAUCUACACAUUGGGGCGUUAUUUGGAUUCCUCUGUGAGGAACAGCAAAUCUUUGAAAAGUGACUUCUAUCGUUAUGACAUUGACACAAACACAUGGAUGUUACUCAGUGAGGAUACUGCUGCUGAUGGAGGACCGAAAUUGGUGUUUGAUCAUCAGAUGUGUAUGGACUCCGAAAAACAUAUGAUCUACACCUUUGGUGGUAGAAUUUUAACCUGUAAUGGCAGCGUAGAUGACAGCAGAGCCAGUGAACCACAAUUCAGUGGGUUAUUUGCUUUCAACUGUCAGUGCCAAACCUGGAAACUUCUUCGAGAAGACUCCUGUAAUGCUGGGCCUGAGGACAUCCAGUCUCGGAUAGGACACUGCAUGCUAUUCCACUCAAAAAAUCGUUGCUUAUACGUGUUUGGUGGUCAGCGAUCGAAGACCUAUUUGAAUGAUUUCUUUAGUUAUGAUGUGGACUCUGAUCAUGUAGACAUAAUAUCAGAUGGUACCAAGAAAGACUCUGGAAUGGUUCCGAUGACAGGAUUCACACAGAGAGCAACCAUUGAUCCAGAACUGAAUGAAAUACAUGUCUUAUCUGGACUCAGCAAAGACAAGGAAAAAAGGGAAGAGAAUGUCAGAAAUUCUUUCUGGAUUUAUGACAUUGUGAGGAAUAGUUGGUCUUGUGUCUAUAAGAAUGAUCAAGCUGCAAAGGACAAUCCAAGUAAAAGUCUUCAGGAGGAAGAACCAUGUCCAAGAUUUGCCCAUCAGCUUGUAUAUGAUGAAUUACACAAGGUUCAUUAUUUAUUUGGUGGAAAUCCAGGAAAAUCUUGCUCCCCAAAGAUGAGAUUAGAUGACUUCUGGUCACUGAAAUUGUGUAGGCCUUCAAAAGAUUACUUACUGAGGCAUUGCAAGUACCUCAUAAGAAAACACAGGUUUGAAGAAAAGGCCCAAAUGGAUCCCCUUAGUGCUCUGAAAUAUUUACAAAACGAUCUUUAUAUAACUGUGGAUCAUUCAGACCCAGAAGAGACAAAAGAGUUUCAGCUCCUAGCUUCAGCUCUGUUCAAAUCUGGUUCAGAUUUCACAGCUCUAGGCUUUUCAGAUGUGGAUCACACCUAUGCUCAAAGAACUCAGCUCUUUGACACCUUAGUAAAUUUCUUUCCUGACAGCAUGACUCCUCCUAAAGGCAACCUGGUGGACCUCAUCACACUGUGACUGAAGAGUCUGUGGACAGAAAUGGAGCACAGGAGUCUGCUUUCAGUAUUUUGGAUUUCAACUCUGUUGAUUGACAGUUAGGCUGCAGUGAACAAGGACUGCACCAGAAUUUUGAAGGGAUCUUUGCUGUCACAAAUUUUAACCCUCUUCCUUCAUACCUGACCUCAACCCUGUAGUCCUCAUCCCAUUCCUAAAUUAGGCUAAUAAAGUGAAUUGAUAUACUUUCCAUUUAAAUAUAUAUAUAUUUUUUCUUACUUUAACUUUUAAGAAUUCAUGAGUAUAAAAGAAUAAUCAGGCAGUAUACCCUUUUCUGAUUUUUAUUUCAUUUUUAUAAAAUUGGGGCAAGUAAGCACUGUUCACAGACUCAGUGCUACAGGAGUUGUGAUUUUGUUGUUGUUGGGUUGUUUGGCCUUUCUUCUUUCUCCUUCCUUCCCAUUUCACUUUACCUCGCAUCACACAACUGCUUGUAAGUGGUAUGUAUCAUUUGUUUGCCUCUUUACUUCAUUCUUAAUAGUAUAUAGUUCUAUAGGGCAAUUAAUAUAUGUUUAAGUGAUACAUGUGUCUUUGUUGACUAGAGUCUUGUGUUACAUUAAACAAUAGGAGGAACAGAGGGCUCAAAUUUAUGCUCCUUGUCAUAGAACUAGAAAGUGAAACCCAAGAUUGAUCCAGGCACUUGUCUGAGAUUGGUAUAUAGUAUUUCUGUAAUGAUAUAUUUUAUAGUGGAUAUUACAAAGCUUUGAGUCACAGAAACCUUAAACUGAGGAGAGAAUAUAGUUCAGAACCUUUAAGAGCCAUUCUCAAAAUUACCAGCAGGACGAUUUUAGUAGUGAUUAAUAUGUUUUUUGAUAUCUUUGUAGCAAUUUUGGAAGAAAAUGACUCUUUCCCCUGGUAGGGCUGUGCAGAACCAGGGCUUCCAUUUCUUCCUUGUGCUAGUUCUUUGUAGCAUUUUCAUUUGGGAGGAUGGAUUUCCAGAGUGAUGCGUUUGUUUAUUUCUAUGUACGUUGGCUCCCUACAUCUGCUUCUGUAUUUUAAAGAAUAAUGGUUUCUAAGUUGUCCAGGGGAAUACAACUGACAGGCAUUUCAUUAAGCACACAGACCAGGCUAUUUUUAAU